AGCAGGGGGCUGACUUUAAUCAAUCCUCUUUGAUGUCGAAUGUAACGUCGCCGAAUACAUAGAAAUAAAGUAGACCAAUUGAACCACUUGUAUGUUCGGAGUGUCAACACUUGAUCAGUGGAGCAGAAUAAUUCGUCAAAGUGUACAUUCCUUCAAUCACUUCACAUGAUAACUUGUUUAAUUUAUCCGCGCACUUGCACUUUGCAUUUUACCCAGCAUUGUCUAUAUGUAGGUUGGAGUACACACAAGUACAAAACGAAAAUACAUAUGGUUGCAAGUCAGCUGAUCAGCCAGAUGUCACUUUGGUAUUCGUCGUCGGUUACAUAUUACCACCUCUCCAAAUAUUCCGUAAUAACUACUCACUUAUAUUUAAUACAUUUACAAUGAAUUUGGUUUUGUUAUUUCUUAUUCAAGUAUUUUGAUAUCGAAUCAUUAAUCUGGCGGUUAGAAUAACCAUUAAGGUGGUUAAUCCGUACUCCAAUCUAACUCUGUCGCCAUUUCCCGAAAACAUUGAAAAUGAAUAAUGAAAAACAAAAGGAUGAAAUAACAGCGUUAGAAAGUAUCUAUACAGCGGAAGAAUUUUCAUACCAAGAAGUCGACGGUCAGUACCAGUGUACCUUUAAGAUUUUCAUAAGUCUCCCAGAUGAAUAUUGGGUGAUCUAUAAAGAUACUCGAAAUAAAGAAUCAGCCGACGAAAAAAUCACAAUUUGUCACUUGCCUCCUCUAACACUCUUCGUCCCACUGCCAAAGGAUUACCCCUCUCUAUCACCCUCAGAAUUCACUCUGCGGUGUUCUUGGUUGCGUCUCAAAGAUAUCGCAAAGUUAUGUAAAAAAUUGGAUGAAAUCUGGAAUGAAAACAAGGGAGUGGAGAUAUUAUUCACCUGGGUUGCAUUCUUACAGAAUGAGACAUUAGAGUAUUUGGGUUUAGAGAACAAUUUAAAUAUUGAUUAUGCAUACACAUUUUAUAAAACAGCAUUGGAAAAAGUUCAGAAGACAGGAACAGCUAAUGAAGCCAGUGGUAAUGACACAAACAAAGCGAGUAAGACCAUUGCAAUGAGAGAUAAAAUAAUACAGAAGAAAAAUUAUCGUCGGUACAGAGGAAAAAGGCAAAUCAUUGAUCAGAGAGCAAUUAUAGAUCGACUUAUCAAUCGAAAUCCUGUACAUUAUUUACUAGAUUAUAAUGAGAAACGUCUGAGUAUUGAGUUUAAGAAGAAAUUUUAUACUUGCAAAAUUUGUUUCAUCGAUAAAUCCGGGGAAUCCUGCACGCUAUUUAAACCAUGUCUUCAUGUUUUCUGCAAAGAAUGUGUAAGUGGGUAUUUGGAGGUCAGAAUUGAAGAUGGGGCUGUGCAGAAUAUUUGUUGUCCUGAGGACAAGUGCACCUCUGAAGUUAAUCCUGGACAGAUAAAAGAAUUAGUUAGCAGUGAAUUAUUCGCUAAAUACGAUUCCACUUUACUGAGUGCUACUUUGGAUACUAUGUUGGAUAUUGUCUACUGCCCAAGGAGAAAUUGCCAGUAUCCAGUGAGCAAAGAGGCAAAUGAGAAAAUGGCUAGCUGUCCCUGCUGUCAGUACACUUUUUGUGUUUAUUGUAGAAUGGUUUAUCACGGGGUUGAGCCCUGUAAAUACACUUCAGCUGAAAAACAAAAACUCGUUAAUGAGUACGAGAAUGCAUCAGAUACCCAGAAACAGAUGUUGGAAAAUCGUUAUGGAAAGAAACAGUUGCAAAUUCUUAUUGAAAAUACAAUGUCAGAAAAUUGGAUAUCAAACAACAGUCAUAACUGUCCCCACUGCAAUGCAGCAAUUGAGAAAUCAGAUGGCUGUAAUAAAAUGACGUGCGGUCGUUGCAAUACGUACUUCUGUUGGCUUUGUAGUAGCCGAUUGAAUCACGAGACUCCAUACAGCCACUACCAGGAUUCUCAGUCCAAGUGUUACAGGAUGCUUUACCGUGGAUUGAUCGAGGACGAAGAUUCUGACGACGAUAUUGAAUUCAAUGCUGUCUACAUGGAUUAUGAUUCCGAUGAUGAUGAUGAUGACUUUUAUGAUGAUGAUUUUGUAAUCGAUCUUGAUAUAUGAAUUAUUUCGUUAAUAUAUUUAGUACUUCACUGAGAA